AUACUUUCUUCUAAAUUGAAAAUUAGGCACAUCGCAUUUUCGCGUUCAUCUUUUUCCCUUUACACUCAAUCUUUCCUUCAUUUUGGCACUCACACUCCUUCAAUAAAUUCCCCUUCUCUCUCCUCUCCUCACUCCCAGUGUAGCGCGCGGCAAAUUGCAGAGCACAGAAGCAGAUCGAGAGAAGCGUAUUAACAAUGGAGAUUUUCUAUAUUCUGCUGUUCGGAGCAAUGGCUGCAGUGGUGGCUGCAUUAGAGCUCAGCAAAACCAGCAAAGAUCGCAUCACUACCUCCUCUGCUUUCACUUCUUUCAAGAAUAAUUACUUGCUCGUCUACUCUCUUAUGAUGGCUGGGGAUUGGCUACAAGGGCCAUAUGUGUACUAUCUUUACACUACCUAUGGUUUUGGCAAGGGAGAGAUUGGGCAGCUUUUUAUUGCCGGAUUUGGAUCCUCCAUGUUGUUCGGGACGAUUGUCGGGUCCCUUGCUGAUAAGCAGGGACGUAAGAGGGCAUGUGUUACUUACUGUAUUACUUACAUCUUGAGCUGCAUGACCAAGCAUUCCCCUCAAUACAAAAUUCUGAUGGUUGGUCGAAUUUUGGGAGGCAUUGCCACUUCCCUUCUGUUUUCGGCUUUUGAGUCGUGGCUUGUUGCAGAACACAAUAAGAAAGGAUUUGAACAGCAGUGGCUUUCUGUGACUUUCUCCAAAGCCAUUUUCUUUGGCAAUGGCCUGGUUGCCAUUUUGUCUGGAUUAUUGGGGAAUUUUCUUGUUGAUACUUUUGGGCUUGGUGCUGUUGCUCCAUUUGAUGCAGCAUCCUGCUUCCUUAUUAUUGGUAUGAUAAUCAUAUUGACUUCGUGGGGUGAAAACUUUGGGGAUUCUUCAGAAAAUAAAGAUUUGCUCACCCAGUUCAAGGGUGCUGCCGUUGCUAUUGCUUCUGAUGAGAAAAUUGCAUUGCUGGGUGCCAUACAGUCCUUGUUUGAAGGUUCCAUGUAUACAUUUGUGUUUCUGUGGACUCCUGCAUUGAGUCCAAAUGACGAAGAGAUUCCUCAUGGUUUCAUUUUUGCAACGUUCAUGUUGGCCUCAAUGUUGGGAAGUUCAAUUGCAUCACGAUUGCUGGCCCGUUCUGCCAAAGUUGAGAGCUAUAUGCAGAUUGUCUUCACCAUCUCUUCUGCCUCACUCAUGCUCCCAAUUGUGACCAGUUUCCUUGUAGCGCCAUCCAAGGUAAAAGGCGAAGGUAUGUCAUUUGGCGGGUAUAUCCAGGUCCUUGGUUUCUGCGUAUUUGAGGCUUGUGUCGGGAUCUUCUGGCCAUCAAUCAUGAAAAUGAGGUCACAAUACAUUCCCGAAGAGGCACGUAGCACAAUCAUGAACUUCUUCCGCAUACCUCUAAAUAUCUUCGUCUGCAUCGUGCUGUACAACGUUGAGGCCUUCCCCAUAACAGUGAUGUUCGGCAUGUGUUCCAUUUUCCUCUUCGUGGCAUCCAUAUUGCAGAGGCGGCUUUUGGUCAUUGCUGAAAGUCAAAAACCAAAACCACAAGAUUGGACAGCAAUGAAGGAGAGAGAUCCUGAAGACGAACCACUAAAUGCCUGAUUAACAAGCUAAUUUAUGAAAUUUGGGCACAUUUCACUGCAAAUGAUUCUAUUCAUGGUCUACUUACUUCUGUUAAGAAUAAGAUUACUUCAUACGGAAUAUUUCUUCAAAGAUGAUUACGGGGUGGCAAUUUGUUGACGGUGGUCAUGGUUCCUUACACUACCGACAAGGUUUGGAUUCUUUCUGUCGCUGCUGCAUUUUCUGCUAUUAGUGCUGCGACUCUGUCAGAGGUUUAGCUGAGGAUCUGCUCUUAUUUUUUAUUAAAUCAUUGAGCAUGAGUAGGAUGAAGUUUCAGGUAGUAGUUUUCCGGUUCCUGUUAUAUUUUCCGUAAUAUUUUUCCCGAGCUGUAAAGUGUACUUUGUAGCUGUGAUUUAUAAACUAGCUGCUUAUGGCUUA